CGGAAGCAGGGAUAUUUACGUAACCUGCAUGACUUUACAAUUUGCCCCCGGGGACGGAGCGGCUUGAGGCGGUCCCGCUGCCUUUGAACCUCGUCUUGCAGGUGAACAUGCCGGUCAUUGUAACGCUGCUACCGCCGUCACAGCUGCCAGAGUAGAAACCGGUCGCUCCGCUCCAACCGUCCUCCGCCGCGCUUUGCUAGCGCUAGCUUAACGUCUUGUCAUGUGGGUCUUCGGCUACGGCUCCCUGAUAUGGAAAGUGGAUUUUCCUUACGAGGACAGGAGAAUCGGUUUUAUCAAAGGCUUCAGUCGUCGGUUCUGGCAGGGCAGCACCGACCACCGGGGAGUACCGGGCAAGCCUGGCCGAGUUGUGACACUUGUGGAGGAUCCAGAGGGCUGCGUUUGGGGCGUCGCCUACAAGCUGCCGACGGGCCGCGAGCAGGAGGUGAAGAGCUACCUGGACUACCGAGAAAAAGGCGGCUAUCAGGUCAUCACGGUGGCCUUCCACCCCCGUCCAGCGCUCGCCCCCUCGCCCGACCGCACGCUGCUCUACAUCGGCUCUCAGGACAAUCCCGACUACCUCGGGCCGGCGCCGCUGGAGGACAUAGCCAACCAGAUCAUCAGCUCCACCGGUCCGAGCGGGAAAAACACAGAAUACCUGUUUCAGCUGGCUGACGCAGUGAGGACUAUUCUGCCCGAGGACUCCGACGCGCACCUGUUUUCUCUGGAAACUUUAGUAAGAGAUCGGAUGAACAGGAUUCAAUAAGACUUGACCCGUUAUUUAUACACCAGCCUGUAAUUGUCAAAUAAUCUCAGGGUUUAAGAUGCACAAAUACACAAAGGUACAAGAAAUAUGUCGACCUUGUUACUGUCACACUGUCAGCAUUGUGUUCCAUGAUGGAAAAGAUUAAUAAAGCUGUUUGAAAACAGACAAAAGACGUAAACACGUGAAGUGUAACCGGCAUCAGAACGACAUAUUGUGUAAAUCACAAAACAUGCUUUAAAUAAAGCAGCAUAAAGGAAGAAUUCUGAUGUUUUUCUGUGCAGCAUCUAACAGCCGAGUUUAAACAAGCAACUGUUAAUGUUGGAAAAGACAAUCUUACAUGGUUA